UAUUCAUUUCAUGUUCGAGGCUUCGAGCGCAUUUUGUUCUGCGACCGGCCGCCAUAGUCAAACAAAAGGAUUGCAAUGAGACGAUAAAUUUUAUUUAUUGCAAGUUGUUGAAGUGUUUUAAUUUACUAAAUGAGUUCUAAAUCAGAUGUAAAUAGAAGAGUACUCGCCAUUCAGGCGAAAAAAAAGCGUCAUAAACUAGGUAAGAAGAAAAAUCGUGAGGAGGAUCACGGCGGUGGUGGACAAGGAAACGGGCUGCGUAACCAGACCCAGAACCGUUUAGAACCUACACAUAGUUCUUCCAAUGAGACGAUUGAAGAAGAUGAAGAUGAGCAAUACGCUAGUGACGAUGAGGAGCAAGAGGAUACUGCAGACUAUUGCAAGGGUGGAUACCAUCCUGUCGAGAUUGGCGACUUGUUUCUGAAUCGCUACCACGUCAUAAGGAAAUUGGGAUGGGGCCAUUUUUCAACAGUGUGGUUGUGUUGGGAUCUAGUCGACAAGCGAUUCGUAGCGUUGAAGGUGGUGAAGUCGGCGCCCCACUUUACCGAAACAGCUUUAGAUGAAAUCAAAAUACUGAAAGCAGUUCGGGACAGCGACCCUGCAGAUCCUAAACGGAAUAAAACCGUUCAGUUGCUGAAUGAUUUUAAGAUAACUGGAGUGAAUGGUACACAUGUGUGCAUGGUGUUCGAAGUGCUAGGUCACCAUCUUCUGAAGCUGAUACUCAAAUCUAACUAUAGAGGAAUCCCACGUGAAAAUGUUAAAACUAUUAUACGUCAAGUGUUGGAAGCAUUAGACUACCUCCACACUAAAUGUAAGAUAAUUCAUACUGACAUCAAACCUGAAAAUGUAUUGGUUUGUGUCGACGAGACUUAUAUUCGAAAAUUGGCAGCUGAAGCUUUGGAACUACAUUCCCUGGGUUUAAAAAUGCCUGUUUCCUUUAUAAGCACUGCUCCUAGAGAUGAACAAGAUUCAGGGAAGGCUAAAAUGAGCAAAAACAAAAAAAAGAAACUUAAGAAGAAGGCCAAGCGUAAGUCUAUGUUGAUAAAGAUACAGAUGGAGCAAAUAGAGGAGAUGGAAGAACAAAAAAAGGUGGAGCUUAACAGCGAAUCAGCUCCAAUGUCUCAAGACAAUGAUGACUCUCCUCAGACUCCCGAGGAAGCCAGUGUAAUUGAAACCACCCGUUCUGAGAAUGAGACAGUGAUCAACGGUUGUAGUGGUAUACAGAGAGAUGAUGAAGCAUUUGACACCGAUGCAGAGGCAGUGCAGGUGAGAAAUAAACAGUAUGGAUGUGGAGAUGAUGCUGGGACUCCAAUGUCUGAAGGAGAAUUGACUGAUACACUUCCCUCUUUCAACUCCCAGUCUACUAAAGUUAAACCUAUGGAGAAAACACCUGAUCCUGUGUAUGAAGUUUGUGAUUUGGAAGUGAAGAUAGCUGACUUAGGCAAUGCUUGCUGGGUUCAUCAGCAUUUCACUGAAGACAUUCAAACAAGGCAAUAUCGGUCUCUUGAGGUCCUACUAAGUUCUGGAUAUGGGACCUCUGCUGAUAUAUGGAGUACUGCCUGUAUGGCUUUUGAGUUGGCCACUGGAGAUUAUCUAUUUGAGCCCCACUCUGGAACAGGGUACACCCGUGAUGAAGAUCAUCUUGCACACAUUAUAGAAUUACUUGGUGACAUUCCCAAAAGAAUUGCAGCAUCUGGAAAGUACUCAAAGACAUAUUUCAACAAGAAAGGUGAACUGAGAAGUAUAACAGGGCUGAAACCAUGGGGUUUAGAAGCUGUACUCACUGAGAAGUAUGAAUGGAGUCGGAAAGAUGCAGAGGAAUUUGCUGAAUUUUUAAAGCCUAUGCUUGACUUUGAUCCUAAUCGCCGUGCCACGGCGUACGAGUGCCUUCAGCACCCAUGGUUGCAACCAUCUAAGCUUGAACAAGAGGAAUCUGAAGAAUAAUGUACAUGCUCUCUUUUGGAAUGAGUGCUAAUUCAUUCGUGAAAUUAGUAGUGUCUACAUACAAAGUAUUUCAGUGUUUACAUUUUAAUCAAAGUUUAUUUAUGGAUUUGUUUGUGAAUAAUUUAAUUUGUACCAAGAUUGUUUACCUAGCAAUCCUUUAUUGGAAAAUUGUGUGCAACUACUGAGGUACCCAACAGAAGUGUCAGCAACAAGAAGUGGCAAAGUAUAAGAUACACUUGCUGCUCAAGUUUAUAACUACUUUUGUUCAGAUUAAUAUAGCAAUUGGCAUAAAUUUAGACAACAUUAAAUUACCCAAUUGUACAGAUAGCUUUAGGAAAAAUUGUGAUGUAUGUAGACAAUAUAGGUUUUGUCACAUUAAUCUUUUAGGAAUUUAUUAGUUGACAUAGCUCAGCACUUAAAACAUCUAGAAUUGAGGAACCUAAUAUAUAAAGUCAUGCAUGAAAUCUGUAGCCAUUUUGGUAGUAUUUUCACAUAGUUUAAGUUUGUGUUUUAUCACUAUCACAAUAAAAAUCUCAUAAUGUAAACUUUAGGAAUAAGACAGUAUUUGUAAUGCCACACCUCCGAGACUGCCUUUUUAUAAUCAAUGAGUCAUCUAAAUUUAACAAUGGCUGGAGUCUACUUUCAAUUGAGGCAGUUUGAAUACAGUGUCCUCUGCCAGCUGAUAGCUAUAUUAUCAUAGAUCCCAAUUUACAUGACCAUUUGUAUUAAUUAUAUAUGCAAAUUUACAUGAAUAAAUUGUCAAAAUGAGCUUGUUA